CCGGCUGGCGUCCGCGCGGCCUCCGCCGCCCGCCGCGUCCCGGCCCCGGCGCGGGCAUGGCCGCCAGCCUGUGGAUGGGGGACCUGGAGCCCUAUAUGGACGAGAACUUCAUCUCCAGAGCCUUUGCCACCAUGGGGGAGACCGUGAUGAGCGUCAAAAUUAUCCGAAACCGCCUCACUGGGAUCCCAGCUGGCUACUGCUUUGUAGAAUUCGCAGAUUUGGCCACAGCUGAGAAGUGUUUGCAUAAAAUUAAUGGGAAACCCCUGCCAGGAGCCACACCUGCCAAGCGUUUUAAAUUGAACUAUGCCACUUAUGGAAAGCAACCAGACAACAGCCCUGAGUACUCCCUCUUUGUGGGGGACCUGACCCCAGAUGUGGAUGAUGGCAUGCUGUACGAGUUCUUCGUCAAAGUCUACCCCUCUUGUCGGGGUGGCAAGGUGGUUUUGGACCAGACGGGCGUUUCGAAAGGCUAUGGAUUCGUGAAGUUCACAGAUGAGCUGGAACAGAAGCGAGCCCUGACAGAGUGCCAGGGAGCAGUGGGGCUGGGGUCUAAGCCAGUGCGGCUGAGUGUGGCCAUCCCUAAAGCGAGUCGUGUGAAGCCUAUGGAAUAUAGUCAGAUGUACAGUUACAGCUACAAUCAGUAUUACCAACAGUACCAGAACUACUAUGCCCAGUGGGGUUAUGACCAGAACACAGGCAGCUACAGCUACAGUUACCCCCAGUACGGCUACACCCAGAGCACCAUGCAGACAUACGAAGAAGUUGGAGAUGAUGCCUUGGAAGACCCUACACCACAGCUGGACGUGAUUGAGGCCAACAAGGAGUUCAUGGAGCAAAGUGAGGAGCUGUAUGAUGCACUGAUGGACUGUCAUUGGCAGCCACUGGACACAGUGUCUUCAGAAAUCCCUGCCAUGAUGUAGCCAAGCCAGAAUGGACUAUGAAGGAAAUAAGACAUCUUUUAAAAAAUAACUUUUACACCUUUAUACUGAAAUGUUUCCAGAGAUAUUUCUACAACACUGCUACCUUCAUUUGA